UUAAGUUUUCCAACGUCCACAGUGUUUUACCUUCUUCCGCAUUACAGUAGAAAACGAAAAGACAAACGUUCAGUCUUGAAACGUUCAUGUGUCACUUAAGCCUGUUUCUGUUUUCCAGUUCCUGCUUCUGGAUGAAUGCAGAACUAUUACAAAGCAUUUAGGAGCUCACGCUCAUCUAAGUGACUUCAGGUUGAAGAUUGGAAUGGCUUGAAAAUGUCAUAUGAGAGCCCAUAUUCAAGUACAAUCGCCUGCAUUUCCAUAAACAAUGGCUGACGGUGGAGUAGAGCCAAUGGAUAGAGGAUACGCGAAUCUCGCUAAGGCGUUUGAGAUCAUUUCCCGGGCUGGCCAGGAACGAUGGCUCAGCUUGACGUUCAAAAUGGUCGACACGCGGGCCGAGGAACUGGUGAACGCAAUGUGCUUGAUUCUCCUGAAGAGGAUUGCAGAGGCGCACGCUAAGCUAACGGCUAAAAGCGACAGCAGCAUUGGAAAAUUCUUGGCCGAAAUGGUCAAAAUGCACGGAGAACGUGUAAACGGUAGCCACAUUGGCGGUUUUAAGUCAACAGAUGCCAAUACGCUAUUGGAUAUUGCAAGAAUUUUCGCUGUGUUGGUGCAAGAGAGAUUGUGUGACAAGUCGCUACGAGAUCAAGCGUACCGUGAGGCGCUUGCGUCGAGCAAAAUGGCUGGUUUGCUAUCUUUAGACGUCGAGGAGGAAGUAAAGCGAGUCUGUGGACCUGAUGUUAUCAAUAAAACCAACACUGAACUUCCUACAGAAACUUACAAUCUGACAUCGCUAGAGCACAACGAUACUUUGCCAUCAUCAAGUUCACGUUAUAGUCUCGAAAUUAGCUUGCCAAAUGCAGCAGAAUCCAAAAUGGAAGAAUCAAAGCCAAUGAGUCUACGAACACCAACAGAUAGCGAAGCUACAGCGCAUCAAGACCAGGUACGACAUUGUCUUAAUAAAUCAACGAAUAUUUGCACAACGAAACAACUACCGACUGCGGAAGCCAAUGACGCCCGCAACGGAAGCUCCCAACAUAUGACAUCCAAAAACACGAAUCUCGAUUUUUCGUCCACCCCAAACAAUGGAGAGAAACUUAAAGCUCAACCGCUAACUGCUAACAAUCACAAACCGACAACUCAACCGAACAGUUUUCGUUCUCCAGAACCGAGCGAAAGCGACGUAGACGAAACAUUCUACGACUUUGUGAUCCUACACGAAGCUGAAGAUGCAGACGAGGCGCAUAGACUCAGAGACAAACUUGAGCGAAUCAUCCGCGGAGUCGGCGCUACUUUUUCCGACGACUUCGCGGAAGCGGGAAGGUCGACGUUGCGAUGUUUGGAAGACGCCAUCGAGAAUUCGGCGUUCACGCUUCUGCUUCUCACCCAGAACUUCAACUCCAAUCUCAGCGCGGCUAGCGCUGAUUCGGCGAUCGUGAAUUCGCUGGAAAACCACCACAAAAUGAACUCCGUAAUUCCGCUGCUACCUCGCGAGAACCGCUUGUUGCGCAAAAGUUUUCCGUUAGUGCUCCAGACAAAAGUCCCUCUCGACGAAAGCAACAGAACGUUCGAACGCAACGCCUUAAAGGCCAUCGCACCAGAAAAAGUGGCAGCUCAAAAGAAGAUUUGGAUGAACAAACAGCGUUGCAAGAAACUAGUCGAGGAACAGAAGAGACAACGAGAGGAGAACGCCAUAAAUGCGGAGCUACGACGAGAGGCGGAAAAAUUAGCACGACUGAGACUAGAAAGCGAAAUGCAGCAAAGUAACAUGUUUUAUCCGCAAACUGCACCAAUGCAUUCACCUCCACUCCAUGGAGCGAUGCAUCCGCAACACGGCGCAUGGCAGCAGCAGCAGCAGCAACCGUCAUGCAUCCACAUCGAGAACGCUCAAAACGUUAUGAUCGGAAAUCACUCGACGAUGAAUAUUGACCACGCUAAAAACUCGGCUGAUGAGUUUGAUUUUCAAACCUAAAGUGUUUUUAUGAACUGAACUGUUUUAGCCAAUCAGAACACUCUCUGACUGGCAGUCUUUUGGAAUGCUCAGGUUUGCUGACAUCUGGUUGGCUUAUGUGUUUUUGGGGGUGGGGUUUGGGAAAAGGCCUGAUGAUCAUCUACAACAACUGCCAACUUAAAAAUAUAAGAAAUAGUGUUUCAUAUCAUUGUAUUAAUUUAACGUUACUGCUGUCGGUAUGUUUAUGCUGGUUUAUGGUUCUCUCUUAAUAAUUUUUUUAAAUUAAUAAGCUUAAUUUCCAUCUUUAACGUAAUUCAUAUGUUCAUUAUAAUUUAUACAAUAUAAGUUUUGCUUUAAAAGUUGAUACAGAAACGCAAAACGUUAGUUAAAAGCAAAAUGUCUGUAGCAGGGGUGCUCAACCCUGUUCCCGGAGAUCGACCUUCCUGCAGAGUUCAGCUCCAACCCUGAUCAAACACACCUGAACCAACUAAUUAGGAUCUGAAGGAGCACUUGAUAAUUACAGACAGGUGUGUUUGAUAAGAGUUGGAACUAAACUCUGCAGGAACAGCGUUGAGAACCCCUGGUCUUUAGUGCUAAUGUGAGGUAAAAGGUUGAAUGAAGUCAUAAAAUCAUUGCCAUAUGACAGCAAGGAUUGAUGUUUACAAUUUUCCUGUUUUAGAAUUUAAAAUAAUUCAAUAAUAUUUUAGGAAAAGUAGAACAGUUUUCUAAUGACAAAACAAUGCUAAAUUAUUCUGUAUUACUGUGCUUGAAGGGAAAUGUUUGAAUAA